AUGAUGAGUAUCGGAAAACGUAAAUAUUUGUCUAUACAUGAUCCAUUAUCAUUAUCACCAACAAAAAAACGUUUUUUACAAUUUAUACCAUUUAAUCUAAAACCAACAUUAGUUCGAUCUGAUAUUUGUUAUCUUAGUCAAAUACCAACUGAAAUACGUGAUUUAAUAUUAUUAAAAUUAUCACCACAUGAACUUCAUCAAUUAGCUAGUACGAGUAAUGAAUAUUUUUCUAUUGUAUUAAAUUUUCUACGAUCAUCAAUGGGUACUCAAUAUUUUAAAUUAAUAUUGAAAACAACACCUGAUCGUCGUCGAUCAGGAGCUUGGGAAAAUCUUGGUAAAUAA